CCCCUUUCUUCCUUCUGCAUCAUCCUCUUGAUCCGGCCCCUCCAUCUCUUGCCCCGGCCAAGAUGGGGAAAGGGACAGGACGAGAGUCUGCCCUUCCGGGGGCCACCGCCGAGAAUGGAGGAGGGAAGAAGAAGCAAAAAGAGAAAGAGCUGGAUGAGCUGAAGAAGGAAGUCAACCUGGAUGACCACAAGCUCUCUCUUGAUGAGAUCAGCAGGAAGUAUCAAGUGGAUCUCUCCAAGGGCCUUACCAACACUCGCGCAGCGGAGAUUCUGGCCAAGGAUGGCCCCAACGCCUUGACUCCUCCUCCCACCACCCCAGAGUGGGUGAAGUUCUGCCGGCAGCUCUUUGGGGGCUUCUCCAUUCUGCUGUGGAUCGGGGCUAUUCUCUGCUUCCUGGCGUACAGCAUCCAGGCCGCGAUGGAGGACGAACCAGCCAACGACAAUCUCUACCUGGGGGUGGUCCUGGCGGCCGUGGUCAUCGUGACCGGCUGCUUCUCCUACUACCAGGAGGCCAAGAGCUCCAAAAUCAUGGACUCCUUCAAAAACAUGGUGCCCCAGCAAGCCCUGGUGAUCCGGGAAGGCGAGAAGAUCCAGAUCAAUGCCGAGAACGUGGUGGUGGGCGACCUGGUGGAAGUGAAGGGAGGCGACCGCGUUCCGGCCGACCUGAGGAUUAUCUCCUCCCACGGCUGCAAGGUGGAUAACUCUUCCUUGACUGGCGAGUCAGAGCCGCAGACCCGCUCGCCCGAGUUCACCCACGAGAACCCCCUCGAGACGCGGAACAUCUGCUUCUUCUCCACCAACUGUGUGGAAGGUACGGCCCGCGGCAUCGUCAUCUCCACGGGGGACCGCACGGUGAUGGGCCGCAUUGCCUCCCUGGCGUCCGGCCUGGAGGUGGGCCGCACCCCCAUCGCCAUGGAGAUCGAGCACUUCAUCCGCAUCAUCACCGGGGUGGCCGUCUUCCUGGGCAUGUCCUUCUUCAUCCUCUCCCUCAUCCUCGGCUACACCUGGCUGGAGGCCGUCAUCUUCCUCAUCGGCAUCAUCGUGGCUAACGUGCCCGAAGGGCUCCUGGCCACCGUCACAGUGUGCUUGACCCUCACCGCCAAGCGCAUGGCUCGCAAGAACUGCCUGGUGAAGAACCUGGAGGCCGUCGAGACCCUGGGCUCCACCUCCACCAUCUGCUCGGACAAGACGGGGACCCUGACGCAGAACCGCAUGACCGUGGCCCACAUGUGGUUCGACAACCAGAUCCACGAAGCAGACACAACCGAGGACCAGUCUGGAGCAACGUUUGACAAGCGUUCCCCCACGUGGACAGCCUUGGCCCGCAUCGCAGGGCUGUGCAACCGAGCAGUCUUCAAGGCAGGGCAAGAGAACAUACCCAUCUCCAAGAGGGACACGGCCGGCGAUGCCUCCGAGUCGGCGCUGCUGAAAUGCAUCGAGCUCUCCUGCGGGUGCGUCAGGAAGAUGAGAGACAAGAGUCCCAAAGUGACCGAGAUCCCCUUCAACUCCACCAACAAAUACCAGCUGUCCAUCCACGAGCCGGAGGACAGGCCCAAUGGCCACGUCCUGGUGAUGAAAGGGGCGCCGGAGAGGAUCCUGGACCGCUGCUCCACCAUCCUCUUGCAAGGGCAGGAGGUGCCGCUGGACGAGGAGAUGCGGGACGCCUUCCAGAACGCCUACCUGGAGUUGGGGGGCCUGGGCGAGAGAGUGCUGGGCUUCUGCCACUACUACCUCCCAGAGGACCAGUUCCCCCGAGGCUUCAAAUUCGACGUGGAUGAAGUCAACUUCCCCAUCACCAACCUCUGCUUCGUGGGCCUCAUGUCCAUGAUCGACCCUCCUCGGGCAGCUGUGCCGGACGCCGUGGGGAAAUGCCGGAGCGCUGGCAUUAAGGUGAUUAUGGUGACUGGCGACCACCCCAUCACAGCCAAGGCCAUUGCCAAGGGAGUGGGCAUCAUCUCCGAGGGGAACGAGACCGUGGAGGAUAUUGCCGCCCGACUCAAUAUCCCUGUCAACCAGGUCAACCCGAGGGAAGCCAAGGCGUGCGUGGUCCACGGAUCCGACCUGAAAGACAUGACGUCGGAGCACCUGGACGAGAUCCUCAAGAACCACACCGAGAUCGUCUUUGCCCGCACCUCCCCCCAGCAGAAACUCAUCAUUGUGGAAGGCUGUCAACGGCAGGGAGCUAUCGUGGCCGUGACGGGAGACGGAGUCAAUGACUCGCCGGCCCUGAAGAAGGCUGACAUCGGCAUCGCCAUGGGCAUCGCCGGCUCAGACGUCUCCAAGCAGGCGGCCGACAUGAUCCUCCUGGACGACAAUUUUGCCUCCAUCGUGACCGGCGUGGAGGAAGGGCGCCUGAUCUUCGACAACCUGAAGAAGUCCAUCGCCUACACCCUGACCAGCAACAUCCCCGAGAUCACCCCGUUCCUGCUGUUCAUCAUCGCCAACAUCCCUCUCCCCCUGGGGACCGUCACCAUCCUCUGCAUUGACCUGGGCACAGACAUGGUCCCGGCCAUCUCCCUGGCCUAUGAAGCGGCCGAGAGCGACAUCAUGAAGAGGCAGCCCCGAAACCCCAAGACGGACAAGCUGGUGAACGAGCGGCUGAUCAGCAUGGCGUAUGGUCAGAUCGGUAUGAUCCAGGCUCUAGGUGGCUUUUUCACCUAUUUUGUCAUCCUGGCUGAGAACGGCUUCCUGCCCACCACCUUGCUGGGCAUCCGGCUGGACUGGGAUGACCGCUCGAAGAACGACGUGGAGGACAGCUACGGCCAGGAGUGGACCUACGAGCAGCGGAAGGUGGUGGAGUUCACCUGCCACACCGCCUUCUUCGCCAGCAUCGUGGUGGUCCAGUGGGCCGACCUCAUCAUCUGCAAGACCCGCAGGAACUCCGUCUUCCAGCAGGGCAUGAAGUGA